UGCAUUAAUUGUUAUUGUUAUAUAUAUACACCCUCCCUUGGAGCGGGUUGGUGAUGAGUGAAGUCGUCACUACUGCAUGCAUCUCUGUGCAUACACAUCAUCAUCAUCAUCAGAGAGUGAGCGAGAGAGAGAGAGCGAGCGAGAGAGAGAGACACCAAUGGCUUCUUCUUGCAUGCAUGCUUUGCUUGUGUAGGCACUACUACCUAGCUCUAUAUAUGUCUCUCUCUCUCGCUGCUCGCUCUCUUUGCUUGUGUAGCUAGCUAGCUAGCCACUAUAGGCAGGCAUCAUCCUUUCCAGCUGGUCAGCCAUCAGCCAAGCAUGGAGGAGGACCUGCUUCUUCUGGAAGCAUCAGUCGCUGUGCCGCCGCUUGCUGAGAGCAUCAAUAAGUACUGCUGGCCCAACGGCAGCGAUUUCGCGACGACGGAGGAGCUGAUGAUGAUGAGUGACCUCGUCGACGAGGCGGCCUUGUCGUCGUCGCCGGUGCAGCAGCAGGAGGAGGAGGAGCCUCGUCGCCAGCGGGAGUCGAUGCUCAACAAGCUCAUCUCCACAGUCUACUCCGGACCCACCAUCAGCGACAUAGAGAGCGCGCUCUCUUUCACCGGCGCCGACCAGGCCGCCGCCGUGGAUGCUCACAUCUACAACUCUGCCGGCCCAGUCGUUUUCUCCCCGGAGAAGGUGCUGAGCAAGAUGGAGAACAAGUACACGCUCAAGAUCAAGACCUGUGGGAACGGCCUUGCAGAGGAUGGAUACAAAUGGAGGAAAUACGGCCAGAAAUCCAUCAAGAACAGCCCCAACCCAAGGAGCUACUACCGGUGCACGAACCCUCGGUGCAACGCCAAGAAGCAGGUGGAGCGGUCGACGGAGGAGGCGGACACGCUGGUCGUCACCUACGAGGGCCUCCACCUGCACUACACCUACUCGCACUUCCUCCAGCCCCAGCCCCAGCCCCAGCCCCAGCAGCCCAAAAAGCCCAAGCUUGGAGGCCCACCACCACAACCACAGCCCAUCAUCAUGCUGGAGGACCUCGACGGCCCGGCCCAACAAGAUAUCACCACCUGCCCACUGGACGCUACCGCCAUGGCUCCAGCACCACCACCAGCUGCUUUGUGCUAUCUUGACGAUAUGUUCCAAAAGCCUGCCUUUUUCGAGGAGGAGCUGCAGCAGCAGCACAUCACCAAUGGCGGGUUGCUGGAAGACAUGGUGCCGCUGCUGGUCCGGCGACCCUGCAGCAGCACAGGGGCCACCACCACCACCACUGGCAGCAGCACCACCUCGUCGUCGCCGCAGCUGGCACCGUCACCGGACCUUUCCACAUCAUCUUCUGUCUCAUGGAACCCCACCUCUCCUUACAUCGACAUGGCCAUUCUCUCCAACAUUUUCUAGCUAGUCUCUAUCUAUCUCUAUAUAUACAAUAGAUAAUUUAUAUAUUUAAUUUGUGCUGUGUUUGUUGUGUAGUGAUAUAUACUACUAGUAUGUAUGUAGAUGCAGUAUAUUCUAGCAGCUGCACUAGUGUGUAUGUCCUCAGGGGCUAUUGUACGUCUGUUAAUAAAUUGUUUGUGCUAUCUAGUAGUAUAUGAGA